AUGGAUAGCUAUCGCGAAUUGGUGAUAAGUUCCAAGGUGAUCCUUGAAGUAGGAAACUAUGGAUUCUGGAAGGCGCGCAUGAAGGCUACAAUCAAGGGCAUUGACCCAUUGGCGUGGAAGGCUGUGGAAUCUGGUUGGAAAUCACCUGUUGCAAGAGCCGAGGAUGGGACAGAUGUUCCAAAACUGGAGGAGCUCUGGACUGAUGAUGAGAACAAGAUGGCUAAGUUCAAUGCUCGUGCACUAACUGUCAUACAUUGCAGUGUAGCAAGGAAGCAGUUUGAAUUAAUUCAAGGAUGCGAGGCAGCAAAGGAUGCAUGGGAUAUUCUGCAGAAGCAUUUUGAAGGAACCUCAAAGGUUCAGAGUUCUAGAAAGGAUAUGCUUGCAACAAGAUUUGAAGAGCUAAAGAUGGAAGAGAAUGAAUCUGUUGGAGAUUUCAGCUCAAAGAUUAGCUCACUAGCACAAGAAGCACUUACACUUGGGAAGAAAUACAAAGAGAAGAAACUUGUGAAGAAGUUCCUGAGGUGCUUGCCGUCUAAGUUCAUGGCAUACAAAGCAGCUAUGACCGUCUCCUGUAACACUGACGAGAUGACAUUUGAUGAAGUGGUUGGAAUGUUACAAGCUCAUGAGAUGGAAGUGGCUGGUGUGUCUGGUGGAAUGAAGGAAAAAGGAAUUGCUCUUGCAUCAGUUGAAAAGGAGCAUAUGGAUGAUAAUGAUCCUGUGAGUCUUCUGGUCAGAAGGUUUGAUAGAGCUCUACGAAAAGUGGGGAAUGGGCAGAAGAAGUUUGGCCAAGGUAGGAAGACGUCCGAGCCAGAAAAGAACUACAGGAAGAAUGAUGCUAAGUGCUAUGAAUGCAAGGGGUAUGGUCACUUUCGAACUGAGUGUCCCACAGUGAAAAGAAGAGAGAUUCAGUGCCAUAACUGCAAGGGAUAUGGACACACUCAAGCUGAAUGCGAGUCGGAUGGUAGGAGAAAGCCGGAAAAGUCCAUGAUAGGAAUCAAUGACAGCGAGUCCGACAGCGAGAGUGAAGAGGAAGUGAACAACUUUGUGGCGUUUCUAGGAAUCGUGGAAUGUGAGUCAGGAUCUGAGAGUGAUGUUGAGCAAGAAAAUGACUUAGAUGAAAGCUACAAGGAAGUUCGAGAGACGCUAGUGAAGCUGGGAACGGAGAAUUUGGCCUUGGCUAAAGAGAAGGCAAGACUGGAAGUUGAAGUACAAGUGUUGAAAGAUGACCUCGACAGGGAAGCUGAGUUGGCCAAGGAAAGUGUGAAUCUGAUCAAAGAAAAAUUGGUCCUGUCUAAGCAAGCGGACGAGCUCAGAGAAGAGUUACUUACUGAAAAAAAGAAAGCAGCUGAUCUUCAAGCUGAAUUGGAUCAGCAAUAUCGGAAGAUUAAGAUGCUCACGGGAACCAAGCAACUUGACAAGAUUCUGAGCAGUGGAAGAACUGAAAGCUCAUUGAUGGGACUUGGUUACACUGGAAGACAGAGUAGUUCAACAGGUACAACGCGCUUUGUAUCUGGAGGUUUUGCGCAUGCUGAAGAAACCAAGACACAAACUACUCCAGCUCAGAUGAGUGGAUGCUUCUUCUGUGGAAAGUUUGGUCAUUACAAGAGGUAUUGCUACAAGUAUCUGGAACGGGUCAAACAAGUAUGGAGACAACACAAGUUUUGGAGAAUAGGCAAGACUUCUCGAGGCUGGAUGAAGAAAAAUGACUUGUAUCCUAAGAUAGUGACUGAACCAAGAAGUACCGUUCGAUGUAACAUGGCACGAGUGGCGAGUGAUUCCAAAUCCGAGGAACCAUGGUACUUCGACAGUGGGUGUUCUAGACACAUGACGGGAAACAUUGAGUAUCUAGACAAAGUGUCAAAGGUAAAAGGAGGAAAGGUAACCUUUGGAGAUGGAGGAUGUGGUGUCAUUCAAGGCAAAGGUACAACGUGUAACUCAGAAGUACCUAAAUUGGUGAAUGUCUACUUUGUCAAAGGAUUGAAGGCCAACUUGAUCAGCGUGAGUCAACUGUGUGAUGACGGACUCACGGUGUGCUUCUCAGCAAUUGAUUGCCGUGCAAUAAAUCAACAUGGUAUAACAGUGCUACAAGGUGUGAGAUCUGGCAAUAACUAUUACAUGUGGGAAAAGAAGGUUCGAGGAGUACCCAAACUCAAGAUUGAUGACAAGAUUGUGUGUGGUGCAUGCAAUGAGGAAAAGCAAGUCAAGAUACAACACAAGAAGGUACCGGAUGUUCAGGCAAAGGCACCAUUGGAUCUAGUUCACAUGGAUCUCAUGGGUCCUAUGCAAACCGAGAGUAUUGGAGGAAAGAAGUAUGUGUUUGUACUAGUGGAUGACUACACCAGAUUCACUUGGGUUCGUUUUCUCAGGGAAAAGUCAGAAGUGUCUGAAAGUUUCAAAAUCUGGGCACUUCAACUCAUAAAUGAAAAGGGAGGAAUCAAGAAGAUACGCAGUGAUCAUGGAGGUGAAUUCGAGAAUGAAGCCAUGACUACCUUUCUUGGAUCAAGAGGAAUAGCUCAUCAGUUUGCAGCACCGUGGACACCUCAGCAGAAUGGAGUAGUUGAACGAAAGAAUAGAACUCUACAGGAAAUGGGAAGAGCAAUGCUUCAUGGUAACAAGAUAGCCAAGAGGUUCUGGGCUGAAGCACUCAGCACAGCCUGUUAUACAAUCAACCGUGUGUGCUACAUACUGAAUGACAAGGACUACCUUGGGAAGUUUGACUCAAGAAGUGAUGAAGGAUUCUUUCUGGAUGAAGAGGAAGAAGGUGGAUCCUCUGUAGCUGUUACUGAAGUCAUUGAGGAAGGUCCUAUCACAGAUACAGUACCUCAACCAGUGAUUCAGCAAGUUCAUCGCAAUCAUUCGAAGUCUGAUGUGAUUGGAGGGAUUGAAGAAUGA